UCACUGCAGAUUUAGGAAGGUCCACUUUAAUUAAUAGAGUUUAAUUGUUUAGUUGAUUAAUGCUGACAGCCCUAAUUCUAAUGUAUCGUCUCUGACUAUAAGCUUUUAUGUAUAGUUAUAAGAACUGAAAUGCACUUUUGUUUAAUGUAGACAGAACUGAACGGUUUAAAAACCUGCCAUUAAACCGGUGUGCAGUGAGAUGCUCUGUCUGUUCAUUAUUUGGCGUGUGUGCGGAUCUCAGAGCGGGAUGAGUGAAUGACCAAACGCAGCGUAUAUUUAAAGAACAUCCUGUCAGAGAACAUGUAUAGUUACACAGCUCUCACACAAUGCUGCGUUGUUUUCCCUCCUGAGGGCCGAUGGGGGAAGUGAACAUGUAGCCGUUUUUGGAGAGGAAUUUCAGCUGCAUUGUGUUGUGAGUCUGUGAGUCACAGUGUGUUUGCUCCUCUGGGGGUCAAGGCUAAAACACAGUUUCUCUGUGGGUAAUAUUUAACAGACUGAUUCAGAUGUUUAGUCACACUGUGAGAGGCUGGAGUGGAGAAUCUUCUUAAAACAUCUGUAGGAGGUUAUGAUUAAGAGUGGAAUGAUGGCGUGACUGGCUCAGUGGAAUCAUGCACGGCGUCCUCCUCCUCCAGCUGGUUCUCCUGGCAUGUGUGAUGGACGUGGUGCUCAGUGCGAUGCGACUGGAGCCGAGGAAAGCCACAGUCCUGCAGGGCGACGAGGUGUGCUUCAACUGCAGCACUGAUGAACCGUGGGAUGUGAUGGUGUGGCAGCUAAACGGCCGAUCAAUGCUGACCAUUUCUGCACUGCAUGGCCCUCUGGGACACAGCGACAGCAUCUGGGCAGUGAACCACUCAACCUCAGCUGUCUCUGUGUGGGAAUUUGUCUUGAAGAGUCCAGAAUUCAGGCCCACAGUUCAGGAGGUCACCUGUGAACUGCUGCCUGAUAUGGUUCACAGAGAGACUGCAGCUUUAUCAGUGCAAGUAGAGGGACGAGUGCUGAUAUCGGGUGGAAACGUGUCCACUCAGGUGGGAGCACCUGUGGUCCUGCAGUGCCAGGCUGUGGGCUGGUACCCCGCCCCUGCUGUAGAAUGGAGCAUUAAUGGAGCCACAGUGGAUGGCAGUCAGUUCAACAGCAGCAGCGUCCAGGACCAAACUGGACUCUUCAACAUCACCAGUGUCCUGCAGCUGAGAGUGGAGAACAUCUCCAGAGUGGAAUGUUCAGUCUCUAUACCUGCUCUACCUGCACCGCACACCUGCACUGUCUUCAUUUCUGCAGUGCCUCAAGACAGCAACAGCGUGGUGGUGAUCGCUGUUACAGCAACGGUGUGCAUCAUCGCUCUGCUGGCGCUCAUCACUCUGAUCUUCUUCUGCAGACACAAAAUAACAAAGUCCAAACUAUUCCAGGAUCAGUUAAGCUUUGGUCAGCAGAAUACUGAGAACAACUAUGAAGAAAGAGAAGGGAAAGUUAACUUCGGGUACCACCCUGAAGGUCCUACAGGCUUCAGUAAUCCACCGCAGGCUGACACUGAGACAACUGCAGCCACUCAGAAGGUUCCUGAUAUCAUCUACAUCAUGUCACGAGAGCCCAGACAGGAGAGUGUGACUGACUACGUCAAUGUCCAGAGAAGAGACGGAGUGAAGAAAAUUCGUCAGACCACCACCGUCUGACCCCCACAGGCCGGAACAAAUCUGACCUACUGACCACAAACAAAGUCUUUUGGGUUCUGAAUCACUCCAGAAGGAACUUUUACUCAGAUCUAGAACCAGUUUCCUUCAUAUCGUCACUCUGGGGACCUUAUAACUCUAUUUUAAAGCAGCUUGGAAACUCCAGCUGCUGUUUUCAUCGCGUGAACCUAUCAGAAAUGCACUGAAAUGACCACUCUCUACUUUAAUGUACAUUAAAGUGAAGAAUGUUUUAAAGGUUCCAGUUUGGAGAGAUGAGGCCUGUUUCCUACCAGUUAGAACAGAAAACAUCACCUGUUUUUAUUUGUUUAUUUUUUUUUCCCUGUUUCUGACAGCAGUGCAAUUAUUAGGUCAACAUCAUUACUUAUGGUCUCAAAGUCUUGACUUAAGAUCUCAAAAUAAUGACUAAUUUCCUCACAAAUUUGAAUGAUUAAGAUGAAAUUCUGACAUUCUGUAUCCAAACAUUUAUUUAUUACAUUUUAAUGACUAAUAAUUGCUUAUUUCAGGAUUAAAGACAUUAUUUUAAUGAUUUUCUUUCUGCUGACAGUAACAAAAAUGUGAUUUAUUUUCUCCUUUAUCUGACUGGAAUGGACUUCUAUUCACUCUAUCCACACAAAAGAUGGUUCUUCAAGGGUUCUUUAGAAAUUACAAUGCUUCUCUAUAGAACAAUGGGUUCUGUAUAGAGCCAUUUCAUCUCUAAAUGGUUCUUUUCAUGGUUAAAUUGUUCAGACUGAUGGAGAAUGUGUUGUAUAUGUAUAUGGUUCUGUAUAGCACCAAAAGGGUUCUUCUAUUGUUACAAGCUUGGCAUCGGAGCAAUAACAGAACCCUUUUUGGUGCUACACAGAACUAUUUUCUAAUUUGGUACUAUAUUGAAUCAUAUACAACACAUUCUCCAUCAAUCUGAAGAACCUUUUCACCAUGCAAAGAACCAUUUGAGCAUGGAAUGGUUCUGAAAAGAAUUUAUAGAUCUAAAAAGAACUUUGCUAAAAAAAUUCACCAUUCAGUUUACUAAAGAACCUUUUUUGGUGCUAUAUAGCACCAUGUACAACACAUUCUCCGUCAAUCUGAAAAAUCUUUUCACCAUGCAAAGAACCACUUAAGCAUGGAAUGGUUCUGUAUAGAGCUUAUGGUUCUAAAAAGAACCAAGAACCUUUUUGGUGCUAUAUAGAACCAUAUGCAACACAUUCUUAAUCAAUCUGAAGGAACGUCUUACCAUGCAAAGAACACUUUAAGUGUGAAAUGGUUCUGUAUAGAACUCAUAGUUCUAAAUAUAACCAUUCCCCCUACUAAAGAACCCUUGAAGAACCAUCUUCUUUGAAGAGUGUAAUGUUGUUAAACAGUGAUGAUGUGUUCAAAGAGCAUAAAGAUCUGGAUUAAAAGGUUACAGAUCAGUUCCUGUGAAGAUGGACGCUGGUUUGUUCUGCAGGUCCUCAGAUCUUCUGUCUUCAAAGCUGGGUGUUAGUUUUGUUUAUGUACUGAAAUAUGGAUUUUAAUUGUAUUGUCCUUGUUAAUUUCUAUUACAGUUGUAAUUACAGAGCACCACUGUCUUUAAACAGCACAUCACUCACAAACUGUGUGCCACAGAUCUUAAUGCACUGACUCCACUGUGUGGGAACGAAGGUUUAACUGAGGUUGUUUUAUGAUUAUUAUUAAACGUCUUUGACUCUAAUUGA